AGGCGAAGGCAGACCAAAGCCGCAUGUAUGGCAUGUCGUCGAAGGAAAUCAAAGUGUGAUGGGGGCCGACCUUCAUGCAAAAUUUGCAACGACAAAGCCAUCUCAUGCCAAUACUCAGUCGAAGAAGGUGUGACCCAACAGCAAGCCACCAAAGAACAGCUCAAGUCAUACAAAGAUGUGCUGGCAUUGCUACGAAACAGCUCAUCGAGAGACUGUGAUGCCAUCAUACACAUCUUGAAGAGUAUGGAGGAUCUCAAUGAUGCCUGCAGGUUCAUU